UGUAAUUUUCCAUAUAAUGACAAGCGUGAGUUGUCAGACUCAGAUAUCAUAACGCAUAUAAGCGGAGUCGCGUGUGCAUGUUACACGGUUAAACAUGUUAAAAAGUUUUUCUGAAAUUUUAGUUUUAUGUUAUAUUCGGUGCCCAAAUUGUACUAUAAGAACUGAUAUACUUAACUUUUCUCCGUCUUGAUUAAGUGAGAAACCUAGUUUAAUUAAUAGUGAAUAUAUAUUUCUUUUGCUCUAAGUUUCCGGAACUAACAAGCACAAUGCCUAAAGGAAAGAAAAAAGGAAAAUAUGAGCAUAGAAGAACUGAGUUGCCAUACUCAUCAGACGAGGAUGCUGGAAUUGAUAUGACCAAUGACAACUACUCAGAAACAUCGGGACAGUCGGACUUGAGGAGCCACGACGAUGCGGAAAAUGAAAUUCAAGAAAAAUUAGAAGAGAAAGUGCUAGAAAUCAUUGAUGCGCUUAGUGCUAGAGCUAACGCGGCUCGCGCUGCCGCUCUGGUUGCGCUACGUAAUGCUUUACAAAGACGUUACCUGGCUCAUUUAUUGAGCGGACAGAGGGUCACACUAGCCGAACACAUCACUAAGGCUCUGAGGAGGGGCAAAGACGGAGAGAAGAAGGCCGCGGCCGCUGUCGCCCCGCUAUUGGCUUUACAGAUUGGUGAAGAAGGUACUGAAGAAUUCAUGUCUGAAGUCCGUCCGGCUCUGUUUGCUGCUGCCACUGACAAAACGGCCUCGCUAGACACUCGUACUGAGUGCUGUUCAUCUCUGGCCGUACUCUGCUAUCUGCUAGAAGAAGAUCUCAAUGAAAUUUUAGAAGUAAUGAAGAUGUUUGAGACCAUAUUCAGCGGCAGCUACCUCAAGGGCGACGGCAGUGUGAAAAUAUCGGGAGCGGCGGUGGAGGAGGGGUCGUGGCACGCGGCCGCGCUGGACGGGUGGGCGCUACUGCUGGCGCUGCUGGACGGGCGACACGCCGCCGCCACGCUUCGCGAGCGCCCGCCCUCCUUCACCCGCCUGGCCGAGCUGCUGGACGCUUGCAGCCUGGACGUGCGCCUCGCGGCCGGCUGCGCCCUCGCCGCCGCGCACGAGCGGGCCGCGGACGGCGACGCGGACGGUCACGUGGCCUGGGACGAGCCCGCCGCCGCGCCGCGCCUGGCGCUGCUGGCGCGGGACUCGCACAAGUAUCGCGCGAAGAGGGACCGUAAGCUGCAGCGCGCCACCUUCAGGGACAUCCUCAAGUACUUCGAGGACGGCGAGAUCGACGAGGAACGAGUCCGCGUGGGGGCGGAGACUCUGUGCGUGGACAGCUGGGCGGCGCGCGGCGCGUACUCGGCGCUGGCGGCGGCGCUCGGCGCCGGCCUGGCGGUGCUCGCGCCGCACGCGCCCGAGCUCCGGACCGCACUGGGCCUGCCGCCGGCCGCGCCGCACGCCGCGCCUAGAGCUAAACUCAACAAACUGCAGAGACAUCUCCAGAACACGGCGGCGUGUAAAGCUCGCACACUGGCCCGCAAUAAGAGUCGUGACAAGCGCUCGGCGGCGCUGGCUCUGUGAAGUAACUCAACGUUUGGAGCGUCACUUCAUUUUCGUCGACACGACACCGUCGACUUAAAUAAGUACCAAAGAAAGCCCGGCGACCGCCCGCCCUACUCGAUUGACAUAUCUCAGACGACCGCCUCGGCCUCGUGAAGGAGUCGAUGCCGUUUUCAAAGUUGCUCUUUAUUUGAGUUUCAAUAUACUUUCCACCAAUCGCGCUCUUAGCUCCGUCAUCAAACCUCUGACGCGGCGAUCCGUCCCGCUCCUCGGGUCUGCCGCCAUUCGUUGCUAUUUCGAUGGUAUCUGAAUCCACGUUUUUAUUUGUAACUAUUGUAUUUAUCAUAGAGACGUUUGUGACGUUCGUGUUAAUUAUUAUUAGCCCAAUUGAUAGUGUUCGUGAUAUUCGUUUUAUUAUUUCUAUUGAUAUUAAAAUAAUCAAGUUUGGAGCGAGGGACAUUUUUUUGUUUAUUAUAUUUGUACGAUUCGUACCGUCUCGCGCGUCACGAGCGGGCGGCGAUCGGUACAGCUCAUGCAUUAUAUAUAAGAAACUUCUCUGUAAAUAUUAUUUGAAUGUGUUGUCUGCGGCCCAAAACUGUAUAUUAACUAGCUACUAGACUACUGAACACACCUAUGUUGAAAUAAUAUUUAGUACGAGAAUA